UUAUUGUGUAUUUUUUAUGUUCCGUGUACACCAUUCAUUCACUACACUUAAGUUUUAUUGAAGUUUGACAAAGGCGUUUUAAGGUACCGUGUUUAAUAGCUAAACAGUUAGAUUUAUGUAACAUAUAUGGACACAACGAUUUAAGUUGGAAAUAAAUGGCGUUAUCAAAAUGGCGGAGUACCGGUGUUUUGUCGCUUUCGCUCUUGGCGUUAUUGUUCGUUAUUUUGGCUAUUUCCACGAACCAAUGGGAACACUACAACGCCUUACCAGCCAGCGAUAGCGUUUAUGCAGGCAUAUGGCGUAAAUGCUCGGGUGGCAUGUGCAAUUCGCGACCCUAUUCAGACGACCUCGGUGCGGUUCGAGCUAUGAUGUUUCUGGGAAUGUUUUCCAUGCUGUCCACCAUUGGCUUCCACGUCUUGUCCACGUACGUUUACAAGGACUUAGUGCUGCUUUACAUCGCAGCGGUAGUGUCACCAUUCAUGGGAGGCAUGUUUCUGAUGAUAGCGUUCGCAGUUUACGCAGACGACAUUAAGUUAACCCAAAACUCAGCUUACGGUUCCAGUUUCGCACUUACAGUUAUCUCGUGGUUCCUCGCGUGGUUCAUAACCGGUUUGACAGCGUAUGAACACAUCAAGAACUUUUUUUCGGUGGCAACCUAUCAAGAGGAGAGACGAGUACUCGGAGCAUCAGGAUCAUUAAACGCCAUCUGAUAACUGAUAAAUUAUUUGGUGCAUGUCUGAGUACAAUACAAACAACAUAGUUUCUUUCCCAUCUUAUGAGAUGGAACAUUAAAAUGGGUAUCAUGCAAUAUAGUAAGACUUCAUUUAUGUCCUAUUUUUAGCGUACACAUUGUUUGAGUAUAACUUUAAUUACAGUGCAUCGCGUCUGUUGAAUCUUGGAUGUAAUGCCUUAUUUUCAGACAUUGGUCAUCAGCCAAUGGAUCACUCAAUUGUUUAUAUUUAGCAAAAAAAGCUAAUAUAUUCAUAUCUACGGUGGCAUAGAGGUGACAUUUACUUCUCUUUUUUUAAAUUGCUCAACUCUUUUGUUCUAUCUCGUGGCCACGAGUUAGCUAUGUCGUGGCCACGAGAUAGAAAAAAGAGGAGUGCAAAACUAAAUAAAAGCGGCGAACAAUUAAACAAGAGAUAUCUUUUUUUUUAAAGAUAUACGGCGGCGAUUGUGGUUGGAGUUGGUGAAAGGUAAAGAGUUCAAUGAAUGAGAUCAAGGAUAGCGAAUGUCUUUUUUUGUGCAGUUCUUAGCUGCAUCACACGCAGUACGGGAUGUUACGCGGAGUUUUUGCGGCUUAUUUUACAUUAUUACAUAUUGCUGGUCAUAAACCUUUAGAUACAAAACAGAAAACCAAAUGAAUAAUGGAAGUGAAAUUAAAACAUAUGAGUAAACCGGCCACACGCGAAAUAUGCGUACAUAUUUUAAAUAUUUAUACGCGCGUUUUUCGAACAAACCUGUUUUAGUGGUUUGUCGGGCAUUGCUAUUUGAUUCGAGUAUUAACAGUAUCGAGAAUCAUCGCGCUCAUGCUUAAUACAUUAGUCAAUAUGGAAGAAUAAUUCUUGUUAAAUUAAUUAAAAAUAAUAUUUAUCAUGGUAUUGUUGAAAACAUAUUAAGAAUCUAUUAUUGACAUACCAUCAUUAUACCGCUGGAUAUCUUUAUUUAACAUCUUUCUGGUCUAAAGAAAAUUCCAGUUCACAUAGUUCACGCUAUAGCGUCUUUAUUAUAUAACGAUUAUUUUACUGGCCGCGAACGGUCAAUAAGGUAGUCGUAAAGAUACAGCGAUGACCUGUAUAUAAACUCUGACAUUCACACACACUAACCGCGAACUGACGAAGGUGUAGAAUCUAUGCACAAAUUGUAUUGAUGCGAAGAGUUGAGUGUAAAACUGUUCUAUUUAUCAUACCUUUUCAUAAGAGAUAAAAUUGUUUCAUGCUGAACACGCAGUAAAACAGUGUUAGAAAGACGCGGCCAUGUUUCCAAUGUUCUGGUGGUAUUCUCAAAUCUGCCAAUGUACUAAAUGAAGUGUAUUCAUUCGUGGGUAGCCGCGGGCAUUUUUAUGAAUGUAACCUAAAGGUCACUUCAGGUCAAAAGUGACGUUAAACAGCUACGCCGAAAAAAGAGCGUAGCUUCUCUUUAUUAAAUUGCUGUCCUCUUUUUUCUAUCUCGUGGCCACGAGUUAGCUAUGUCGUGGCCACGAGAUAGAAAUAAGAGGAGUGCAAAACUUAAUAAAAGCGGCGUACAAUUAAAAAAAGAGCGGUGCAGUAAAUAAAGGCAGAGUGCAUUAAACAUUACUACUAAUACUACUACAACUACUACUACGACAAAUACUACUACUACUUCUACUACUACUACUACUACUACUACUACUACUACUACUACUACUACUACUACUACUACUACUACUGCUAUUACUUUUACUAUUACUACUACAACUACUGCGAUUACCACUUCGACGAAGACGACGGACGACCAACGGUCGACCGACGACUGACCG